CAAGUUCGUUCAGGGGUUUGGUUAUCAAACGGUCCGAGAGAUCGCGCUUGAGUCGCGUUCAGCCCGUUUGUACGUCGAGCCGCGGGCAGAGCUCUCAGUUGUUCAGUUGAGCACAGUGAAGGCAGAAGAAAGCGAGUCUUUUCGUGUGUGUAAAUAGCGUGCGUGUGUGCUUGAACGUUCUUCCACGGAGAUUUGUAGGGCUCUAUUAUCCGAGGAACCUAAAGGUGCAUAUCAUUUGAUGACAUUUAGACGAGUUCACUGCCCGACUUUUCGAGAGAAGAUGAAAAAAAGAGCGAUGAUCUACUACUGAUUGCGGCGAUUCUCGACGCGAGUUUGUCUACAACGAUUCGUUCGAUUCGUGGAUCGCGCGCGCCUCUUGGACGGAUAAAAAAAAAAAAGAAAGAAAACGAAUCGAAAUCGAAGGAUAUUUAAGGAGGCUGAAAGACAGAUAAAGAAUUAAGGAGAGUAAGUGACGGGUGGAGAAGAAAGUGCGCGUUCGAGUGAACGUCGCGUGUGUAUUCGAAGAAAGUAAUGAGCAAGGUGACAGUUGCCUUUGAGGAAGGAGGCGGGACGACAUGCAGCUGAAGCAUGAUCUGGACGACGAUAGCAAGAUCGGUCGAAUAGUGAGAGAAACGUGCUCGUACCGUACGGUCGAUGCGACGUGCUGCUCGGUACAGUCGCCCAGAAGAUCACGAUUGCCAAGUGUCCUGAUCGCGAUAUGUUUCAGCCGCGUACCGCUCGUUAAUCGUUUCGAGCAUCCAUCAUCGCCGACGACGUUCGACGAACGCGUAGUUGCGUCCAACGCGCGAAACGAGAAAUCAGUCAUCGACUGAUCUCGAGGAGAAGAAACCAGAAAGUGCAAUAUCUUAAAAAUUGCAAUUCCAUAUCGUUGCACGUUGUUAAAAAAAAAAAAAGAAAAAAAAACAAUCUAGAAGCGACCGAUCGGUUAUAAAUGUUUUCAAACAAUCAUUUCUAAAGGAGUGCUGUGUCAUUUUUUUUGUUUCCGUUUGUUCCAACGUCGCGCGCCGUGCAACAUCAUUGGACCUGAUCAUCGUCACCGUCAUUAUUGUCCGAUCACUGGAUCGUUCGGACAUUUGGGACUCGGCUCGCUCACUGACGACGUUUCCCCGCACGUGGCCCGUGCUGCUUACCACUCGUCAACUUUCGUCGACGUCUUGGACGCGUUGUCGCGGUGGCGGUGGUGGUGGUGGUGGUGGUGGUGAUGGUGCAUGGACCUUUUCUCGACGGAUUUAUUACGCAUUUUAUCGCGCCCCUGGGCGUCUUCAUCUCCCUCUCUGUCUAUCUCCGAGCUCGCUGCGUCCGCUCGUUCACCCGUUUCUCUCGCUCUAUCUCGCAUUCGCGCUCUUCGUCCUUCCUUCCCUCUGUUUCUCUUCUGCUGGACCGCCGUGUACCAUCUCCCUCCAUCUCACGCUUAUCUACCCCUCCACCUGUCUGCCUCGCCGCUGCACACCCUCUCUUCCCUCCGUCAACCCUGCCCUCACGAUCGCGUACACCCGUACAAUUUUCCCUACCCCCACCUUCCGUGUGCCUCCUCUGUAUCUUCACACGCGUUUUCUUUAUUUAUUCCGCGAUUUCACGGAGCAACGCAACGCUCCGCACACGAUGAACAACGCGGACCUUCCGUUACGUUUUUAAAAUCGCCGUCUCGCGUGCCAACUUUCGCGCACGGUACCCACCGCGGUAUUUCCAUCGCAUUUCGCGUUCUGACCAUUGGUCGUCUGUACGUUCUCGAUCUUCGUCGGCUACGCUCGACGAGACCGUCUCGUAAAAUCGACGCGAAUAACUACCACGUCGCGACUUCUCUUUCGUUCUCCCACCCUCCUUCCUUCUUCUCAUCGUUCACCUCCUACCACUUCUCUUUCUCCUUCUUUGCCUCUUGCUUCUCCUUCGUUCUGUACCGAUUCCUCUUCCAUCGAGUAUUCUGUCUUAUUCUGUCGGACUACUAACGUUUACUCGAAACGUUAUAUCGGCUCGUUCCUGUUCAUCCUUGAAACGUACAUACGUGCGCGUCGUAAACGCAACCGCGCGAAACGACCAUGCGAUUCCGGUCCUCGGUCGACUGCUGAAAAAUCGAUCGUAUAUUCCCGCGCUUGGUCCACCGCUGCCACCACUGGUUUCCCUUGUUGUGGGCAUCGUCGUUAUAACACCGGCAAUUACCUGCCACCAUCUGCACCAUCGCCGAUCACGUGGCUUGUUCGACGGCGACCCUUUACGACAAUGUUCACGCCGCGCCGCUGUGCGGCUCCGGCGUGGGCCACCCUGGUUCCGUCACGCCGAUGGGGUCAGCUACCGGAGCGGGGAAUUCCACCGGGGUGACUUGGUGGGCCAUGAUGAACGGUUCUCUCUACGAGGACAGUCCACCACCGAUCGCGCCAUCCGCUUCCAGCCUCAUCUCGCUCCAGCAACAACAACAAGCAACUUCGACACCAGCUUCUCACCAGCAAGCCACAACACCGACCUCACCGACUGCACCGACCGCUUCUUCGGCAGCGAGUGCGCCUUCCGCGCCUACAGCCAGUGCCAGCUCGACCUCGCCGAGCGCUUCCUCGGUAGCGAGCAACAGCGCGCCAGGCCCACUCCACAUACCGGCCAAAAGGUUGACCGCCACGCCAGCCGCUUCUUCCUACGGCGAGGUCGGCUGUGUCGAGUCAACAGCCGCACCCGCCACUGGACCAGCGGGCGUCAUUCGUCAUUCCCACUCGUCAUCGGCCGGCUCCCAAGGAGGCUGGAGUUACAGUCCUCAUCAUCCCCAAGACUCUCACUACUCAUCCGCUGCGACUGACACCCUUAAUCAUCAUCAAACAUACGGGGGCAAUAAUCCCCCAACCUAUUACAAUCUGGCGGCAGAUCCUACCUCCACUUCCGGCUCCUCCAGGGAUAACCGGAAAGCUGGUACGCUCAGUUUUUGGUCACCGGCCGCUGCGACAACGGGCGUCGCUGCAACAGCUGGCUCCAGUUCUGACUACAAAUCCUACAACUCGGCCGGUGUUGCGACUACCAGCUCCUCGACCGGAGCUGGAUCCUCCUCCGUAGUCACAGGUGCCGCCGAUCCGGCCGUUUCUUCCUGUCAUCAAAGCUUCUCGCAGAGUUGGUGCAACUAUGCGCCAUACACCACGGCCAGGCAUCAUCACCCGGUGGACACGGCUGGCCAUCAUCAUCCUCACUCGCAAGCCGGAGUUCCAUACUUGACACCGUCCGCAGCGGACGACCGAGGAAGGGUCACCGCUGCUAUGGUAGCCGCCGAAGGGGCUUUUCCUCACGAUGGAUACGGUGGCCUUCGGAAUUACGGGGCGCCCGAGCCUGUCACCUCAAGUCCGUAUCCACCUCCAGUGAUGUGGGGUUCCUCCCCAUCUUCCUUGUUUCCCGCAGGUUCCCUGGCGGGAGUCGGCGUCGGUGUCGGGGUGGCUGGAAUGGGCGUCAGUUGUGGAAGCUCGAACCCUCUGGAGUGGACCGGGCAAGUGACAGUACGGAAGAAACGCAAACCGUACUCCAAGUUCCAAACGCUCGAACUUGAGAAAGAGUUCCUGUUCAACGCGUACGUGUCGAAGCAGAAACGAUGGGAGCUCGCGCGCAACUUGAACCUGACCGAGCGGCAGGUGAAGAUAUGGUUUCAAAACCGAAGGAUGAAGAACAAGAAGAAUAGUCAGCGGCAGCAACAAAAUAACAAUAAUAACAAUAGCAGCGCCAACAAUGCGAAUCAUCACGCGGCUACCGGCAGUCAUCAUCAUCCGAGCGCCGCACACGCGCCACCCUCGAGUCACCACGUGGUCGCGCAGGCGCACCACGCAAACGGUUCUGCGAAGCAUCAUCAGUGACCCGUGGCCUUCUCUGGGGUCGUCUUCGGCCAUCAUAAUAAUAAUAAUCACAGCUCGACGAACGGUUGCACCGGAAACGGUGCUGGUACUGGUGCUGGGACCGGAACCGGGACUGGAAACGGUAUCGGCCAUUCCGGUAGCCACGUGAACAUUGUUACAGGUCACAGCCACACGCUUCACGCGCCUCAACCUCAAACGCCUCUGCCGACCCAUGCCGCCGGUGUUUCCAACACCGUCACGCCCCCCACCGCAGUCGUUCAUCCGCAUAUUCACGCACACGCUCAUCAUCAGUUGGCGCACGUGGCUCAACAGUAUCCCGCGCUUCUUCAUCAGACAACACCCCACGGCCUGGCUGCCUGAACGUGAAAUUCUUCAGGUUUCGACGCCCCAGAGAAAUCGUUGAUGAGUCGUGCUUAUUGCAGACACGGACCCUUGGCUCGAGAACAUCGGAUAGACAAAUAUGUAACCGCAUACUUAUUAAACUUCGUUCAGCAGCUGUUUAAAGACUGCCUACCAUUUCUAAGAAGAGAUAUUCUUUCGCGUUAUUAUCAUAUUUAUCCUACGAAUGCAGUGGUCCGACGAAUGGAACAUUGUUGUAUAAAAGAAAGUCCUUGAGACGUCUGAACCACCAGACUCUUUUUCGAUCGUCGUGUUGAUAUAUCAGGUGUUGGUCUUCUUCGAGUUAGUGCGCAUUAUAUCAUAUGCGGCACCAAGCAAUCUGUCCAAUUCGUAAUUCGGUGGUAUUUCCUCCAAUUAUUCAUAUUAUAUAUAUAGUGAAGCAAAUUAGUGUCACUUAGUGUCUGUCCUUCCCCGUUUCAACAAUCCAUUAUUCCCACCUGGACGAAUACCUUCUACGCUCCUUACUUCCCUAUUCCUCCCCUUUGAACAUCGGUCUGUACCACUUGCUCGUAACUUUCGAUCGUAACUUACGUUUGCUUUGUCUCCUGCGCUGUUUAGCUCGAGCGAUCGAUCAACGAUUGCGCGGGAACGGUUCAGGAAACAACGACAUUGGAUCCUAUGGCUACGAUGACGCGAUUCGACGAUCAAUUCGACCGUAAUUGAAAAAAAGUAAUCACUUCCUAGAGGUAAGUGUAUCGGAAGGUGUGCUGCAACGAGAAAAGAAUGCGAUUUAAAAAAAAAAAAAGAAAAAAAGAGUAUACAAAAGGAGCUUUCGGCGUUGUUGAGAAAUUGAAAUAUUUCACUUUUGUUAGAAAUUUUACGUUUAUUUGUUCAAUACGUGAAACGUUGAUAAUCUACUGUCUGUGAUCUCGCGGGAAGAACUACGACGAUUUCAUCGAUGCUCGCUAAUCGUCGAGUUCUGCAUUCGAUAUCUAAUUACGCGAUCGUCGUGUAUUGGUUUAAUUCCUUGGUGCAUUUUUUUCAUCGUUCCAUAGGAUCCAUUGAACAAGAUUUCAACUGAACAGUGAGAGCGUAGGCCGAUUUACUAUUCCGAUGAAGAUUAGCGAAUUCGUUCGAUCAUUGACGACCUGCAACAAGAUGAAACGAUUUAGGUUUAAGCUCAAGACCUUUGUAGAUAACUCCUAUAUUUUUUGUUUGACGUUUCGUCCCGAGGCAGGUCGACUGUAAAAAUCGGAAAGAUCAUAAUGAAAAAUCGGGACUAGGCCUGUUCGUAAAUUUUUCGGUGCAAUAACUUGUGAGAACAACAGCUUUCCCGCGAACAAUUACAUCGAGGAUAUAUUUGAGACGGACCUAGCCCAAAGCAACCAAGAUUUAGUCUAAUUGUUAUAUUCAUCGCCUACCAAGGAUUUACGAACUCUAGUACCUAUAACUCGUAUAUUAUAUGUAAAAAAAAAAAGUCGACUUAGAUUUAAAAGCAUACCUAAUGGACUGCGGAGUGAUCAGGAGCACUAUUCCGAGACUGAGUUUAGGAUCUUCGUCGUGGAAUUAUAGACAUGCUGUAAACUGAGUUAACUAUUUCUCCGAUGAUCGAGAAAAAAUGUCGUAAUGCUCGGUCGAUGGUUAAUUUUUGUUUUCCUUAAUUGAAAGGUUUACAUCGAGAUAAAAUGAAUUUGGUUGUUAGAAAUUUCGAUAUUAUUUAUUUGUUGAAUGCGAAAUUACUGUUUUGUUUGGAAAAAUUCCAGAGUUUUCAUAAAUAAAUAAAUAAAUAUAUAUAUAUAUUUAUAAGAAUAUAUACAUAUGCACAAUAUCUAUCAAGAAUAAAUUAAUCAAAAACUUUUCUCAUCGAGUACACAAAAUAUUCGUCCUUGCAUAUCUAACUAUCGUCGACAACGAACUCUAAUUAUCUAAGAUUGUGGACUAACUGAACGUUCGAGAAAUUUACGAGACUGAAGGAAAUUUAAUUGGAACAAAGUAUCGAUGCGUCAGGUGCUGAAAUUAGUCUUUCCAGAGUCGAGGACGGAUGUUAUCUUGGCCAGCGGAAUCGGGAGGAAGAAAAAAAAAAAAAGAAAAAAAUAUCGAAUUGAAUCGAACGAAGUCCUAAACGCAGUCUUUAAUUG